ACCCUGAGAGCGCGGACUUUUCUGGGGGUGAUAUCCAAGUUGAAUUCGGCCCUCCAGUACAGAACGACCCUGUGGCACGGAUCGACCCUGAGCGCGCGGACUUUUCUGAGGGGGAUAUCCAGAAUGCAUUAGACGAUCUAGCACGGAUCGACCCCGAGACCGCGGACUUUUCUGAGGGGGAUAUCCAGAAUGCAUUAGACGCUCUAGCACGGAUCGACCCUGAGAGCGCGGACUUUU